CUCCGAGGCAACAACGUGGAUACGGUGCUGCUGACCCGGCGUGCAGUCUCUGUGUUGCGCGUGACCAGCGCCUCGCUCACUCCCCGCCAUGCAGAUUUCCAACGUCAACGACGUGAAGAUCUACAACUUGAGCCACGGGAAGUCUCUUCCGGAGUGGCUCUCAGAUCGGAAGAAGAGACAGUUACAAAAGAAAGAUGUCGACAUCCAGCGCAGGAUCGAGCUCAUCCAGGACUUCGAGAUGCCCACGGUGUGCACCUCCAUCAAAGUGUCCCGGGACGGGCAGUUCAUCCUGGCAACCGGCACCUACAAGCCCAGGAUCCGCUGCUACGACACCUACCAGCUGUCCCUGAAGUUUGAGCGCUGUCUGGACUCGGAAGUCGUGGCUUUCGACAUCCUGUCUGACGACUACUCGAAGUUGGUGUUUCUGCACUCCAACCGCUACGUGGAGUUCCACUCGCAGCACGGACAAUACUACAAGACGCGAAUUCCCAAGUUCGGCCGGGACUUCUCUUACCACUACCCGUCCUGCGACCUCUAUUUUGUGGGCGCGAGUUCCGAGGUGUUCAGACUGAAUCUGGAACAAGGGCGCUUCCUCAACUCUCUUCAGACGGAUGCUGUGGAAAACAAUGUGUGUGACAUCAACCCCGUCCAUCACUUGUUUGCCACAGGAACCUCUGAGGGCCGAGUCGAAUGCUGGGACCCUCGAGUCCGGAACCGAGUGGGCGUGCUGGACUGCGCCCUAAGCAGCCUCUCCGAGGGAGCAGAAGUGCAAAGCUUGCCUUCGAUUAGUGCUCUGAAGUUCAACGGCUCCCUCGCCAUGGCGGUCGGCACCAGCACCGGACAGGUGCUGCUCUAUGACCUGCGCUCCAGCCGGCCGAUGCUGGUCAAGGAUCACUUCUACAGCCUGCCGAUCAAGUCGAUCAACUUCCACGAUCCCCUGGACCUGGUGGUGUCCGCCGACUCCAAGAUCAUUAAGCUCUGGAACAAAGACACCGGCAAGGCCUUCUCCUCCAUAGAGCCUCAGACCAACAUCAACGACGUCUGCAUCUACCCGAACUCAGGUAUGCUCUUCACGGCCAACGAGGAUCCCAAGAUGAACACCUUCUACAUCCCGGCCCUGGGCCCGGCACCUCGGUGGUGUUCCUUCCUUGACAACUUGACGGAGGAGCUGGAGGAGAGCCCCGAGAGCACCGUGUACGACGACUACAAGUUUGUGACCCGGAAGGACCUGGAAAAUCUGGGUCUGGCUCACCUGGUGGGAUCAUCUCUCCUGAGAGCCUACAUGCACGGCUAUUUCAUGGACAUCCGGCUUUAUCACAAGGUCAAAACCAUGGCCAAUCCUUUCGCAUACGACGAGUAUCGCAAGGAUAAGAUCCGCCAGAAGAUCGAGGAGUCCAGGACCCAGAGGGUGCCGAUCAAGAAGCUGCCCAAGGUGAACAAGGAGCUGGCCCUCAAGCUGAUGGAGCAGGGUGACGAGGAGGCGGAGAUGGCUUCUCGGAAAAAGAAGGGCAAGGUGCUCCCCAGCGUCCUGGGAGACGACCGCUUCAAGGUGAUGUUCGAAAACCCCGACUACCAGGUGGACGAGCAGAGCGAGGAGUUCCGCCUCCUCAACCCCAUCGUCUCCAGGGUGGGACAGAAGAGGCAGAAGAAGCUGCGUCUCAUGGCCCAGCAGGUCGCCGCGUCCCAGAAGGCGGACGACGACGAGGAAGAAGAGCCCGAGGGCCGAGCGAGCUCCGAGGAGGAGAGCUCGGACGACGACAAGAGCUGGGUGGAGGAGGUGAGGGAGCAGCGGAGGCAGAUCUGGGAGGAGGGCCGGGACCGCCACCGGCAGAAGAGGAAGGACGACCGCAACACCGACCUGCUGGAGACGGAACCGAGCGGAGGAGGAGAGGAAAACAUGGCCGACGGCACGAGGACAAGACGGCCUCAGUAUUACCAGAUCAAAGCCGGGGAGGAGUUCAGAAGCUUUAACGACAUGGCCCGCAAGCAGAGACUCCAGAAGGCUUCUUUGGAGGACCGGCUGAAGUUGGAGGAGCACUCGGGAACCAGCAACGUGGUCGACACGGCAGUCGGCAGCAAGCAGCUGAGCUUCACCCUCAGGAAGUCGGAGCAGCAAAGGAAGCAGCAGCAGGCGGAAAGGGAACACCACGAGGAGAGGAGGAAGCUGAGGCGCUCGGCCGAACACCUGAGCAGCGAACGCGGGAGAGGACGUGGCGGGAGAGGCGGCGGUGGUGGUUUCGGCGGGAGAGGACGCGGCGGCGGUGGUUUUGGCGGGAGAGGACGCGGCGGCGGUGAUUUUGGCAGGAGAGGACGCGGCGACGGCGGUGGCAGAGGACGCGGCGGGAGGGGAGGAGGAGGAGGAGAAGGGAGAGGCCGCUACUAAGAUGGGCGGCCUAGUCGAGGACGACACAGUCCUGGGCUCACGGCGAGGCCUUCUGGACCUCGACUUUGAAGCGUCCUGGUUUCUCCGCUCCAGAGACGGACUGGAGAUGCUGCACUCGGGGCAGAGACUGAUGAACACUCGCUGCUCCUGGGUGGUCUGGGUUUCGCUGCUCUCUGCACAUUCAGAGCUCAAGCCUGUGUGCCUAUGACGUUUAUGCCAUUAUCCAAAAGUACCGUGAUGAUUUCUUUUCUUUUUUAAUAAGUGGAGACGGCCUCAGGCGGAGUCGGAGUGAAGAGCUGAAAGGACUUGACUUAACCUGCCUCGUCUCGGGCGUCUGGAGUGUGAGCCUACGAUUUCAGUUAAUGGGAGGGGAGAAAAAUGUGUGCUUGUGCAACUAAAAAAGAGUUGGUAUUUUCAACGCUCUGUUAUUACUGACGAUCGUUGACACCACCCAGUACAAUUUAUUAUAUUUUUAACAAAACCUUGCUUGUCUCCUUUGUUUUUAAUGCCAGAAUGUCUCGAUGAAACUAGAGCAGCAGCAGCUCACUCCAUGUGUCAGAGAAGAAGAGAAAAAUGUGAAUGAGGAACUUUAUUUUUUUUCUAUCUUUUUUUCCAUCUGUCUUUUUCUUCCCGCCAACAACUGCGGUUCUUGGAAAACGAGGGACUGCCUGAGUGUCCUUCCCAUCCCCCAGAGUGCUGAUGGUGUGAACCCUGUCUGCUCCACCAUUGGUCCAUUUCCAAAAAGGGGGGGGGGGGGGGAGUGUCUCAGCCCAACACUGGGCCCCAGGCUCAUUUAAACUCAUUUGACGUCGCCAAGCUUUUUGCACCACGACCCAUCCGUCUGUAUUUAGUGACCGCGUGAACAACGCCUAAUUGAGGAGAAAUCCAUUCAUUAGCAUGUUGGACGACAAAUUCUGCAAGAAUCCUGAACAUGGUCCCAACGCUGUAACCUUUAGAGCAGGGCUGUCAAACUCAUCUCCACCGUGGGCCACAGCAGCGUCAUGGCCGCCCUCAAAAGGCCGGUCAUAACUGAAACACUAUAAACUAGAACGGGCACUCGGUAGAGCGCAUACCUUCGCAUAUCACAAGAUUGGGCAUUGAAUUAUGAACAUUUUGGCAUUAGUUGCAUACCAAUUGGAUAAAAAUUGACUGCUAUUGUAAAAAGAAGAUUUUGACCUUUCCAUGACCUUGACCUUUGGCCCGAUUGAUCCCAAAAUCGAAUCAAAUGGUCCCCGGAUAAUAACCAAUCAUCCCACCAAAUUUCAUGCGAUUCUGUUUAAAACUUUUUUUGUUAUGCGAAUAACAUGCAUACAAAUAAAUAAAUACACAGCGAUCAAAACAUAACCUUCCGCAUUUGCAAUGCGAAGGUAACUACUCCCGAACGUUUGAUUGUUUAUUUGAGUGUAGAAAUAUUGUACACAAGAACAUUUCUCUAAUAUUAUAACAUAACUCCAUUUAAUUUGAAACUAUAACAGAAAAAGCACAGGAUAUUUUUCUUAAAUUUCUUUAAGAAAAGGUGACGUGGCCGAAUGUCUUUCAAGCCGUCAGGGGCCACAUAAAAUGGUCGGGUCGGCACCUGGUGGUUUGACACCUGUGCUUUAGUGGAACGCUCCACGGUUUGGACAAUGCACUCAUUUCACUGUCUUGUUGAGUUCCUCAAGAGGAUUGAUACCACUCAUGUCGGUACGUUACAUAGGAAGCCAAAGCUGGCAGCCGCUAAGCUAAGCUAAGCUCCAAGCUAAGCUUAGCUUAGCUUAAAGACUGGAAAUGGGGAAAGAGCUAGUCUGGUUCUGCUCAAGAACAACACCACUCGCAUACCAGCAUCUCUUUAAAGUUCACUGACUCGAUCUAAACUGAACAAAACUUUUCUUUCUUUUUUAACCCUUGUGUUGCCUUCGGGUCAUUUUGACCCGAAUCAAUAUUACACCCUCCCCCCGCCUUAGGAUUAAUUUGACCCCAUUCAAUGUUUAAUGUCGGUGUUCUUUCAGUAGUCAACAAACAAACAUAAAGUGCCUCACACUUAAACUUGGAAAACAAUAUUAAUUCUAAUAAUUUUCUGGAGGUUUUAAUUGCUGGCGUCAAAUUGAACCCAAAGGGUAAAAUAUGUUAGUAAAUAUAAAGGUAACAGGAGGGUGAAACAUUGAAUCGGGUCAAAAUGACCCAAAGGCGGGGGGAGGGUGUAAUAUUGAUUCGAGCAUGUCGUCCGCUUCACUCUUGCUAACACUUAGACCCAAACCCGUCUCUCCCGGAGUCAACGAGCAAUGAACGGCUAGAAGCUCUUCAGACGUGUUCCAGUCUUCGUGCUAAGCUAAAAUAGUGCAGUCCAGCUCCAUAUUUCCCGUACAGAUGUAAGAUUGGUACCGCCAGAUGCUAACUCCCAGCCACAAAAAAACAGUAGGCGGUUUCCUCAAAAAAUGGCAAAAACUAUUCCUUUAAAUUUGGACAUGACCUUUUUAUUGUCGUGUCACUUGAUAUACAGCUAACUAGAUCAGGAUAUGGCUGUUUUCAUACAAAAAAACAUGUAAUUGGUGCAAAUCCUUUGGAGGAUGAACAGUAAGCUUAUUAUCCAGGUAUUGGUGGAGAGAUUACCAUCAGUUUGAUGGUCGAUGGCAGAGGCCAGGCGACUAAGCCCCCGGCCUAGCGCCCUGCUUAUGGUUUUGAUACUGUCCCACUAGAAUGAAAUAAAAACCAUUUAGUUCCUUAAUCCGGCUUCCUUUCCUUCUCUUUCACAAUGCUGUGGCCUCACCAUGGCGACUGGCAACCAGUUCACAGGAAGUGGGUCAACCGAAGCUGACACAACGAUUAACAGACCUGCCCAUGUGAGAAAGUGUAACUUGAUAUAUUUGACCACGUGUGUGCCAAACCAUGACGUAACCGUUGCGUAUGCCCCGGUGGUUUGAGACUUCUGUCUCGUGGAAUUCAUCAAGCCACGUUUUCUUUCACUUGCCUGCAAAUCAGAGAUUGAUUGCACCGGAGACAUCGGGCGCAUUUGCAACUCACGGUGGGUUUCAGGUUUCAAGAAGCAAACAGCAGGGAGCCUUUAGUUUAAUGUGCCUGAAUCACACCAUGUCUCGUGGUUCCGUCAUGAUGGUAAAUGUUCCCUGUUUUUCUCAGAAAGGAGGUUUUUUGAGGCCGUGUCCCCGUUGGAUGAUCCACAGAGGACACUGUCAACACGUUUUAUUGGUUUAUAUAAUUGGGAGGGCUGCUGUGAUGUCACUUCAGAGUAACCAGCACACUGGGGAAAUAAGUCCAUAAAGUAAAACUAAUUAAAACCUC